UCAAUAAAAUUGACCUUCGAAUGUAUAGGAGUGGGGACCAUCGAAACGUUCUAGAGAUUGAAGAGAGUGAAAUGAACAAGUCUCCGAUGAAAAGACAGUGGUAAAAUAAAUCAAGAGGUAAACAAGACAGGAUAGAAACAU